AGGGUCGUUGUCUUCCCCGGAAAGUAACCGCUCAGCGAGACGAAGGUUCAUUGUUGUCAUUUACUUUAAUUUCUUUAUUUUCUCGAAAGUUUACCAAAAUAGGUAUCAAAAUGUCGGCACGUCGCGCCACCCACGCUGGCAGUUGGUACACUGACUCUGCCACAGAUCUAGCUCGCCAGCUGGAAGGAUGGCUAGGACAGGCAGACCUCUCACACGGACCAGCACGUGCCAUAAUUGCUCCACAUGCGGGCUAUCAGUACAGUGGCGCUGUGGGUGCCUAUGCCUAUCGACAAGUUUCUCCAGUUGUAGUGAAACGUGUCUUCAUCUUGGGUCCAUCACACCAUGUUAGAUUAUCUGGGUGUGCAUUAUCGUCACUAACGAAGUAUCGAACACCUCUUUAUGACUUGAUAGUUGACCAACAAGUUUACAAUGAGCUGUAUCAGACAGGCCACUUCGAGACUAUGAGUGUGUCUGCUGACGAAGAUGAGCACAGCAUUGAAAUGCACCUCCCCUAUGUUGCAAAAGUUAUGGAAGAUUUCCGGGACCACUUCACCAUUGUCCCAAUCUUAGUGGGAUCACUGACGCCUGAACGAGAGAUACUGUAUGGACGACUUCUUGCACCAUAUUUAGCGGAUCCUCAAAGCUUGUUUGUGAUAUCCUCGGACUUCUGCCACUGGGGACAGCGCUUCCGAUACACAUAUUAUGAUCGCUCUGUGGGUGAGAUUUGGCAAUCCAUACAAAAACUUGACAAGCAAGGGAUGAACCUGAUUGAGACAUUAAACCCGAGUGCCUUUACCGAGUACCUGAAAAAGUACGGCAACACAAUCUGUGGCCGACACCCCAUUGGCGUCUUGCUCAACGCAGUUGCAACUUUACAGAAGACAAGCAAUGGGCACCGAAUGUUGCUCAAAUUCUUGCAGUAUGCCCAGUCAUCCCGCUGCUACACUUCUUCGGACUCUUCCGUAUCCUAUGCUGCAGCUUCUCUUAUAUUUGAGUAAACCUUAGGUACCCAUAAUGAGGUGCAUUUAGGAGUAGGGGGAAUGGAUCAAGAAAAAUCACAUAGGUAGACAAAUUCAAUUGAUUUUCAGUAUUUAUUGUUUCCGUGAAAUUUAUAUAAAUAAUAACAUCGGUAAUUUGUUUUAUAGGAGUCUUAUUAUGGAGACUUCCCUCUGUAGACUUUAUCAUUAUUGCCAAACCCUCCUGCUCCCAAAAUGCAUCCCCACCCAGGACUGGGGGGCUGGUUGCCUGGUUGGCAGUAAUUCUGUAUCUGUCCUGAGAGAGCAUGAAACAUCUAUACUCUCGGUGAAUAUUUGCCCAGUUCCCAAUCUUAAGAUAACAUGCAUUUAAAUGACCUCUUUCCAUGCGAACAUUGCAUCGUAUGCUUGAGAUUGACGAUUGGGUAACUCUUUUUGUUUUGUUUUUGGUGAUUUGACACUCAGGGCCAUUUUAUAACAAGUGCUUGUAAUGAUAUAAUAAUGUAUGUGUAGGUUAUUAUUUGCCUUCAAAUAAUGACCACCUUUUCUUUUGAAUAUCCAGUCAAGUAGCCCCAUCCCCCUGCCAAUGUCUCCUGUGAUGCUCUGGAAUAAUUGAAUGUUCAUUUUGGAUUGAGGUCUUGCAAUUGUCGCUUCACCGUGGAGCCUCAGAACUGACAUUCAGUAUAACUAUUGGUUUAAAAAGUUUCUUGACCAGUCAUUGGGGGUAAUUACAAUUUCUUUGCAACAGUUGCAAUGUCAAGAAAGAUUAAAAUUUAGCAAUUGGACUUUUAUGUCUUGAAUUUCAACUUUUAUUCGAGAAUUAAAAUAUUUUGCCUAAACUCUAACAAUUUGGAUUCGAGUAAAACCAUUCUCAUUUUGUUUUUGUUACCUACAAAAAACAAAACAAAAAAAAACAAGAAAUUGCAUGCCAAGGCAAGAGCCAGGAAAGUUGCCUUGAUAAGAUAAUGGGGGAGUUGGUGCUCCACGUUGCUUGCCGCUGUCGGGAGCCCUUCUCCAAAGCAAAGGUUUUCCUUCAACAUGUACUCUUUUUUUUUAUUGGUAAUUUAGUAAGUCUUUGAUUUUCCUCUUUAACACAUUUAGUUUAGUUUUUCAGCUUAACUACAAUAUAGCCCAGAUCUAUGUUUACCUACAAGUGUGAAGGUUUAGGUUAUUGGUUUAAUAUUUAUUGUGUACACGGGAAUGAGGGCAGGAGUGUGUGUUGGGGUGUGCAUACACAUGCCUGUAUGUCUAUUUGGGUGUCCUGCGUGUGCAUAUUUAUAUAUGUGCAUGUGUGUGCACAUAUACGCAUGCAUGCAUGUUGAUGUAUGUGUGUGUGUGCAGAUGUACCCAUAUGUGCAUAUGUAUAUGGAUGUGGCAUAUGUGCAGUCACAGAUUUAUAUAAAAUACAUACAUGCAUAUUAUGUGAUUAAAUUACUACAAUGAAAUUGACAA